AAGUUAAGGAACAUAUAUACACUCACAUUAAUCACACCUCAAAUCCAUGCCCGUAUUUGUCCUGCUGUAAAGCCAAGAGCUAUACAGAAAUUUAUGAACCGGGCUUCCGACCUGGAGUAUAUAGAAUUUAAAUCUUCUCUCACAAGUAUAUGGUAGAGCUAAAGAAGAAGAAGACAAGCAAGGGUCAUCUGAAAUUGUGAUUGGCUCACUAAUAAUCGCAGGACAAAGUUGGAAAUAACUACUCAAACAUAAGACGCUACCAAGAUGUUUGAUAUAAAGGCUUGGGCUGAGUAUGUUGUGGAAUGGGCUGCAAAGGACCCAUAUGGCUUCCUUACAACGGUUAUUUUGGCCCUUACUCCAUUGUUUCUAGCAAGUGCUAUACUGUCCUGGAAAUUGGCCAAGAUGAUUGAAGCCAGGGAAAAGGAACAAAAGAAGAAACAAAAACGUCAAGAACAUAUUGCAAAAGCUAAACGACUAAAGAAGGAUUGAAGGAAUGAACAGGCUCUAUAACCAGAGAAAAAUCACUUGGAAAAUUAAGCAGCUCUGGAAGGACCCACUGAGGUUUCUUUUCUGAUUUUUAUGACAGUAAUUUGUAGUCAAUGAAGUCUGAGCACAUGGAAGGAUCAUGUUAGCUGUGACCUCUACUACUGCAACUUUUAGGCUUUGGUGUAGAAGUCUGUUGACAGUUAUUGUAAAUUGGCAUUUAUUCUAUAAAUUCUUUAUAACUGACUUAGUCAUUUGCCAUUUUGCAGCUUAUGUACUGAAACAAAAACAUCCUGUGGAGAGAAAUGACUAUACAUUAUGAAUUCUUUUCAAAUAAUGGCUUAGAAUGGGGCCCUUUCUGGAUGAAAGGAGUUAAGAAUGUAAAAAUCAAAACUGUCCUGAGGUGAAAAGUGUGCUUUGGCU